AGUGUACCAUCUAUUAGGUCUUGCCGUUCAUCGUGGAACUACAUAGGAAAUCUCAAACUUUGUUUUUUCUUCGUAUCCGCGACGCAGCGAUUCGCGUUUUUCUUCCACGCACGCAGCGCUUAGGUCUGUCGCCUCUCUUUAUCGCCUUUUCGGCUCUCUUACACGUACGCCCACCCAUACGCCCACCUUGUCGAUGCCACCGAAGUCAUGCGAUGCGUCGCUACCGGCGACGAAGGCUGUCGUCUCUGCCGUCUUUGGCGCCGUAAAGGAAUACAGUAAGUUGUCCGCGCAGAUCCCCUCCGAUGACUACGACUACCACCUCGCCUUCCCGGGCUUUCGCAAGCACAUUCGCGACGACAGUGAGACGCUGAUUUCACUGAUGGAUGCGUGCUGCCAAAUGUUACCAAAGAGGCGCCGUACGAGUUUAGUCUCGGAAGAAGACCCCCACAGCGGCGCCGUCCACCUCGCUGAGACGCAGCGCAACGCCGUGAUGGAGGCGAUCGACUCGUUACUAGAAAACGUGGACUCGUUGCUGGAUGAGGUGAAAGGUCGUAAGCUGGAUGCACAGGAGCAACUCUCCGUCAGCUUCGGUUCGGAGCUGGCCGCCUCAUCGCAUCAGGACGGCGGUCGGGCAGCGGCGGCCAACGGGCAGGGCGGUGUGGUGCGACUCGCACACGUCCGGCGUCCCCAGCUGUCAUUUGAAACUGUGGUGGAUAACUCCACAGCCCCCUUUAUCCCAACAUAUGUCGCCGCGGAUGGCGUGCGGCACACCGGUGUUGCCGGCGUACACCCCUUUGAGGACAUCAUCAAGGCCUUUGCUGUUCCACAGCAUCAGCUGCUGCCCAAGUCGGAGAUCCCACCGGUGCCGUUGGAAACGUGUCCGCUGAGUUUCGUCGACGCGCCUGAGGCGAUGCAGGCGAUGGUGCAGAAGCUGCUUGCGGCGAGUGAGAUUGCGGUUGAUUUGGAGCACCACGACUUCUACAGCUAUCAAGGCUUCACCUGUCUUAUGCAGAUCAGCACCCGCGAGGAGGACUUCAUCGUGGACUGCCUGCAGCUGCGUUCGGCGAUGAGUGCGUUGGCGCCUGUGUUCCUCAAUCCGGCCAUCUUGAAGGUCCUGCACGGUGCUCGCGAGGAUGUUCGCUGGCUGCAGAAGGACUUCUCGCUUUACCUGGUGAACUUCUUCGACACCGGCGUGGCCCUGCAAACCCUACACAUGCCCUACAGCCUCGCCUUCGCCGUGGACCACUUCUGUCAGGUGAAGCUGAACAAGAAGUACCAGACGGCCGACUGGCGUGUGCGGCCGCUCCCGGCGGACAUGGUGCACUACGCACGUCAAGACACGCACUUUCUCCUCUACGUGUACGACAGGCUGAAGGCGCUGCUGCUGAACAGCGAGGGCCGCGCCAGCAUCGGCAACCUCCUCGUGCACGUGUACAGUGAGAGCAAGCAGCUCUCUUUGCAGGUCUAUGCAAAGCCGAACGUAGAUCCCGCGGAGACCUAUAAGCUGGCCCUUGGCCGCAGUCUUGGCGGGCUCACAGCCGUGCAGGAGCAGGUCGCUCGCGACAUCUUCAACUGGCGCGAGUCGGCCGCACGGGAGGCCGAUGACUCUCCUACGGCCGUCCUACACCUCUCCUCCGUCUUAGCCAUCGCCUCGAAGCUGCCGACGACGGCGAAGGAUUUGCUUCGUUGCUGCUCGCCUGCAACGGCGGUGCUGCGCGAGAACGUGGGGCACCUCGUGAGCCUGGUGAAGAAGGCGGUGGCGGACGACGUCGAUGGCGGAACAUCGGCGAAGCACGGAAAGGACGGCGAGCACGCCAACGUGCACGUCGACGACGCCGCCGAGGGCAGCCGCGAGUGGAACUUCUACCGCGCUCGCUGCCCCACCGGUGUUUACCGGCCCAUGACCGGCACGUUGCCCUCUCUCGCCAGCGUGGUGAAGAUGGUGGCGCCAGCCGACGCGUCGGAGAGCGAGCGCGCAACGCUCCUGUCGAAUACGGUGCCGUCGCCGUGGUUUACCGCCAUGAAGGCUCUCUCGCGGGUCUUGGCGAGCCGUCCGCCGCAUCACGUGGAGCUGCCCGGGGCGGAUGUGCUGGCGGUUCGUCAAGCAGCAGCAGCAGCAACAAAGACGAAUCCUAUCGAUGCCGCGACAGAACCGGAGGAGGGCGAGACGGACAUGCACGAGAACGAAGACCAGGCAGAUCGCAGCAGCGCGUCGAGUGAGGCGGUGGAGCAGAGGGACGAGGUGAACGAGGAGGCGCUCAUGCCGGCCUACACCCCUGAGACGUCCUCGGCCAUUCCAGUUGACAAGCGAGCCUUUUCGAUUAAGCAGAAAUACGGUGUUGGGGCGAAGGCGCGUCCUAAGAAGGGCGGCAGGGGAGGAGCUGCGAAGAAGAAGUAG